CAUUGAUUUCAUACCAAAGUCAUACUUAACAUUCCACUUACACUGUCAAACAAGGAGAAAUAUUACUGAAAACUAUAAGGCGCCAAAAAAAUAUAUAGUAUAAAAAUAAGUAAGUUAUCUUCGCUUUUGUCAGGAGGGGUGACUUCUAAAAAAAAGCUGCUUGGAUCCUGAUCACUUUCCUCCUAACUUGUUCUCCAGAAGAAUCAAGUCUUUACAUACCCGAGGAUUGACAGACAGAAAAAGGCAAAUUGGAGGAAUACAUAACUCGAUAUUUUACGCGCUGUUUUACUGCACCCCAUAGAUCCUCUGACUGUGGGGCUCGUCGUCGGGCCCAGGGUGAGCCGCCACCAUUGCUUCCAACGAGUGGAGUGCCAACGGUAGCCCGGAGGAUGGGCUGGAAGAGGGGAACGAUGAGCUGGACAAGGCCAUGGACGGGGACGCCGAGGGGGUGUGGAGCCCAGACAUAGAGCAGAGCUUCCAGGAGGCCCUGGCCAUCUACCCUCCCUGUGGACGGAGGAAGAUCAUCCUCUCAGACGAAGGCAAGAUGUAUGGUCGUAAUGAGUUGAUAGCUAGGUACAUCAAGCUGAGGACAGGCAAAACCCGCACCAGAAAACAGGUAUCUAGUCACAUACAGGUGUUAGCACGGAAGAAAGUUCGAGAAUACCAAGCAGGUAUCAAGGCCAUGAAUUUGGACCAGGCAUCUAAAGACAAGGCCCUCCAGAACAUGGCAGCGUUGUCGUCUGCUCAGAUUGUGUCUCCGAGCCUGAUCAAGAGCCAGCUACCCCCACUGCCCCACUCUCCCUACCCCCCGCAAGCCAGGUUUUGGCCAGGCCCUAUCCCAGGACAACCCGGCCCCUCUCAGGAGCUGAUUCUAGAGCUCAACCAGGGAAGGACUCCUGGGUUUGGCCGCGCCAGCUAUGCUAUCAAACCUUUUGCACCGUCUCCAUACACAACUCUACCAGGCCCUCCCCCUCCCCCUAUAUCAAACUAUGAGCCUUUGGCACCCCCCCUCCCCCCGGCUGCUACGGCGGUGCCCGUGUGGCAGGACCGGACCAUCGCCUCCUCCAAGCUGCGGAUGCUAGAGUACUCUGCCUUCAUGGAGGUGCAGAGGGACCCUGACAACUACAGCAAACACCUGUUUGUCCACAUUGGCCAGACCAACCCGUCCUACAGCGACCCUCUGCUGGAGGCAGUGGACAUCAGGCAGAUCUACGACAAGUUCCCAGAGAAGAAGGGCGGACUCAAAGAGCUUUAUGAGAAAGGCCCACAGAACGCCUUUUUCCUAGUCAAAUUUUGGGCGGAUCUCAACAGCAGUGGAAUGCAGGAUGGCCCAGGCUCCUUCUACGGAGUCAGCAGCCAAUACAGCAGCUCUGAGAACAUGACCAUCACCGUCUCCACCAAAGUCUGCUCCUUCGGCAAACAGGUGGUCGAGAAAGUAGAGACGGAGUACGCCCGGAUGGAGGGAGGGAAGUGUGUCUACAGGAUCCACCGCUCUCCCAUGUGCGAGUACAUGAUCAACUUCAUCCACAAGCUCAAACACCUGCCAGAAAAAUACAUGAUGAACAGUGUUCUGGAAAACUUCACUAUACUUCAGGUGGUGACAGACCGUGACACUCAGGAGACCUUGCUGUGUAUAGCGUUUGUGUUCGAGGUCUCAACGAGUGAACACGGGGCACAGUACCACGUCUACAGGCUCGUAAAAGACUGACCCACCCACCGCUCUAACACGUCUACAGGCUCGUCGAAGACUGACCCACCCACCGUUCUGCAGGGAGGUUUGGGAAUCAGCUGACGAAGCACUGCGUGACAAUAUGUACAGUACAGACUGCUCAACUGCCAAGUAACAUUCAAAUCGACGUUAGAAUGAACUGACAUGAAAACAUUUUAAACUUCCACACAUUUAUGUGAAAUAGGAAAAAGGAGGAAGUCUCAAAAGACAAGAAAGGAAAUUAGGAGAAUUCAUUGUUUUGUUUUAAAGGCAACUUUUUAACCCAUAUAGUUAAAUAUGCUGAGACAAGUGGGUCAAAUUGGUAAUGACAGUAAAUGUACAGUAGGUUGAGAUUCACUGAGGGCAUGAGAAAGUGAACAAGGUUAAGAGCGUUGUCUCCAUGGGAACACACUCUAAGCAAUAUAAGAAGAAGUGGAUAGAUUGGAAUGGUACAGGUACAACAACCAUGGAAGAAGAGCAAACACAAAAUAAUCCAAUCGUAGAAGGGUCCUCCCGAGGGGUGUUUAUAAAUUAGAUAGGAUGGCAACCAAGUGCCUUUCUCCAAAGACAAGUAUUGAUCAGUUGCCAGCCACUCUGGAAUGCCUUAUUUACUACCUCUUGUCUUUAAAUAAACAGAAAGAAACCGGACAGAUGUAAAUGCAUCAUUGAAUAGGAGAAUAGGAAACUGAACAUGACUAUGCAGUUCAUCCUUUCUCAUCUAGAUCCUUGAAGCACACUUCUGAUCCAGGAAUAUUAUGUUAUGGAUUAAACUAUUAUUAAUUUUUCUUGUGAAGUGUUAUCAUGAAUGGUUACAAGUUUAGCUGCAGUCCACGUGUACAGCAAGGGCAUAGCAUGAUCAGAUCACUCAGUUUCCAAUCCCUGGGCUUUUACGGGUCUCUAGACAACAACACAUCAAUGUGCUGUGGUGCACUUAAAAGAUCAAGAAGGGGUGAAGCAACAAAUAUUUUUAUUUUCAGCCUUUAGUUAUGUUAUUGAAAUGAACCGUUUCUGUACUGGGAGUCAGUGGAUGCUACAGGAAUAUGUGUUACAUAGGAUUCUUUUGGGGACGUGUUUAUAUUUGUGAUUAACAUUAACACUGUUUUCUUAAAAAUAUGGCUUGAGAAUCAAAUCAAAUUAAUUUUAAUUUAUUUGUCACGUGCGCCGAAUACAACAGGUGUAGACCUUACCGUGAAAUGUUCACUAGAUUAGAAUUUGCCGAAUUGGAACUGACCAAAUUUUACAGUGAGUUUUAACUAAUGUAAGAACUCAUGGUAUUCUAAUCCAAUCUCCCCAUUCAUGGAUCCCAAUUGAUGGAUAUCACUUUCAAUCUGGAAAGGCGGCAGGUAGCCUAGUGGUUAAGGGCGUUGAACCAGUAACCAAACUUUUGUUGGUUUGAAUUCCUGAGCCGGCACGGUGGAAAAAUCUGCUGUUCUGCCAAUGAUGUUGCUUAAGGCAGCCCCCCCACACCUCUGAUUCAGAGGGGUUGGGUUAAAUGUGGAAGACACAUUUCAGCUGAAUGCAUUCAGUUGUACAACUGACUACGUAUGCCCUUUCCCUAACCCUACAUGGUGUAAGAUAAGUUUCUCUUUCCUAAAUUGAAUUAAUAAAAACAAAAGCUAUCUCUUAUUUUAUGAGUGAACCUUCAAGAAAUUAAUCUUAAUUUGCCAAUGCGAUCAGCCAAUGAAAAACAGAUUUUAUGUUUUGAAAGAGAGCUAUCCUCUGUGCUGUGGUGUGUGACCAUUGAUUGUUAUUUAUAUUGAAAAGAAUGGUGGGAGGGCAGGGCUGGGCUGGGAUAUGGGCCAUAUGUGUUUAUCCUUUGCCAUUGAAAUGGUGGUGUUACAAGUAUUGCUGAGCUGAACUUUAUACUAAAGACACAAUAACUGUCAUCCCCUAGCUAUGUCAUCCCCUAGCUAUGGUCUCUGCCUUGGACGGUUCACUGGACUUCUGUCAUAAGAAUUCAUACAUCAGACUUUGUAUGGUGGAUUUAGUACACCAGGAUUUGAAUGUCACACUUCAAGAGCUAGACUUAAAACAACUGCUUAAUCUUUACUAGUGGAUUUCUCAAUUUUAUCUUUUUUUACAGGCCCGUGUUUUUUAUUAUCAUUAUCAUAAUUAAUUGUUUUCUGUUAGUUUUUGUGACUUUCAGCAUCCGUUGAAAACGUUGUGUGUUUUUGUUGACAUUGAUGAUGAGAUACUGUAUCUUAUGUAUCAUAAUCUGAAUGGUAUGGGCAAGUUUGUUUGGUUAAAAGGUGGUUUAUUGUGGCCUUGGUUACCAAUUGUGCAUUGCAUUUUAGUAUUUUCUGUUAUCUUCAAACUAAGGGGGUUGUAUUAUAUAAUCAAAUCAAAAUGUAUAAUCUAACAAUAAAAGACGCAUGGUGCCUUUGGGGCCAUUUUCCCCUGAAAACU